UGUCCCGCCCGUUCUUCGUCGCUGUCCGUCUUUCUGUCCACGCUGCGAGGUUGGAUUAUCAUCCCCAAUUCACAAGCCGGAAAAGGAAGCAGAGAAAAGUGACGUGGCCCGGCUAGAAAGAAGCAGGGGCUGGGUUGGAGCCUGACUCUUAAGGACCGAGCCACCACAGGCCAGCUGCCGUGGCCCACGCUCAGCGGCAUUGGCUAAGGCUGGUGGGGCCGGGGCGAGGCGCGCCCCCGACAUGAGGAUGCUGGUGAUGAGGCUUUGGGACAGCCUGGCACGUGGGGAGCCCUGCCACCUGUGAGCCAGUCUGCUUGUGGUUAGCAGACUUCUCUGAACUGCCCAGGAUUUAGCACAGAGGUCCCAGGUUCCCAGCACCCAGGGCCCCGUACAGUUACCGUCUCACACUGGGGCAGUACGUUUAUUGGUUGAUGAACCACUGUUGAUCCACUGAUACGAACCUGAGUCCGUUUCCUUGGCCUCUACCUAAUGUCCUUGUUCUGCGCCAGGAUCCCAUCCAGGAGGCCCCGUUACAUUUAUUGUCCGUCCUUGUUAUUUUCCAUUAGUAACAGCCACGGUCCCAUUGAUGUCCUGACCCUCAGGACAGCCCCGUGAGGGGCCGCUAGUCUGUUUGCCAACCUGUCCGCCCACCAUCCAUCUGCGCACUCUUAGGGCAGGGGCAGUGUCUCGGCCUCUGGGGCCUGCACAGCCGUCCGAGGGCCCGGUUAGUAAAUUAACCCAGCCUGCUGCCCGCCCCCACGGCCCCCGCAGCUCUCGGUGGCCCGGAGGCCCCAGUGCAGACAGGAGGCCCUGGAGAGCCAGACUGGGCAGGGAAGGGAUGAUGAGGGACUUGGAACCACCCCCUCCGCCUGCCUGCAGCCUCAACCGUACCAGAAGAUUCCCUCCUCCCCACCUCCCAGCCAGGAUCACUCAGCGGAGACAGCAUCAACCCCCAGGUGGAAGGCCGGAAGUCAGGGUGAGGGGCAAUUUUCAGAGCACCUUCAGGGCCCAGGCCUGGGAGGGUGCCUUCUUUGGCCUUCAGGGAGGGAAUUUCACCAGAGCCCCUGGUGGCCAGGCUCCUCCAGGUGGGCCCCCUUUGCCCCUAGAAGUUUCCAGUCACCACCUCCCCCAUAUAAGGCCUGGGCGUCACCGGGCCAUGAGUGAGUGGGGAGUGUUAUGGUGGUCGUGGUGUAUUUGACGACAAGAGCCUCGGCCAUGGUCUGGGAUGGCUGCGUGGCGUUGCUGCUGCUGCUGCUGGUGGCCGCUCUGGGGCUGGGGCAGCGGCCGCACCCUGAGCCUGGUCUCCGGGGCCUGCGGCACAGCUCUGACUGUGGGAUCAAGGGCAUGCAGCUGCUGGUGUUCCCCCGGCCGGGCCAGACUGUCCGCUUCAAGGUCGUAGAUGAAUUUGGGAACCAAUUUGAGGUCCACAACUGCUCUGUCUGCUACCACUGGGUCACCGCCAGGCCCCUGGGACCCGCCGUCUUCUCUGCUGACUACAGAGGUUGCCACGUGCUGGAGAAGGACGGGCGCUUCCACCUGAGGGUGUUCGUAGAAGCCGUGCUGCACGACGGUCGAGUUGACGCAGCAGGAGAGGUCACCCUGAUCUGUCCUAAACCUGGCCACACCUGGACUCCGGAGUCCCACCUGGCCUCACGCACAGGCUUCUCCCUGCCUACCCCUCAUACCCGGCCCCUCCGCCCCACCCGGGAGCACAGCUUCACCCAUCCGACCCCUGCCCUGCUGCCCCUUAGACCUGGAGCCACCCGUCCCACCCUGACUCCGCCCCCGUGGGACAUCUUGGAACACUGGGGGGUUGACGAGCCCCUUCACCCAGGUGCACCUCUGACCUGGGAGCAGUGCCAGGUGCCCUCUGGGCACAUCCCCUGUGUGGUGAGAAGAGGUUCGAAGGAAGCCUGUCAGAAGGCUGGCUGCUGCUAUGACAACAGCAGAGCGGUUCCCUGUUACUAUGGCAACACAGCAACUGUCCAGUGCUUCAGAAAUGGCCAUUUCGUCCUGGUGGUGUCCCAAGAAACAGCCUUGGCACAUGGGAUCACGCUGGCCAAUAUCCACGUGGCCUAUGCCCCCACCAGGUGCUCCCCGACUCAGGACACGGGGUCCUUCGUGGUCUUCCAAUUCCCUCUGACCCACUGUGGGACCACCGUCCAGGUGGUUGGCAACCAGCUCCUCUAUGAGAACCAGCUGGUGUCAGACAUCGACGUCCAAAUGGGGCCACAGGGCUCCAUCACACGGGAUGGCGCCUUCCGGCUUCACGUGCGCUGUACGGUCAACGCCAGUGACUUCCUGCCGCUCCGGGCAUCUAUCUUCCCACCCCCCUCGCCGGCCCCCGUGAUCCAGUCCGGCCCCCUGCGGUUCCAGCUGCGGAUCGCCACGGAUGAGACUUUCCGCUCCUUCUACGAGGAGGGGGACUACCCCAUCGUGAGGCUGCUCCGCGAGCCUGUGUCCGUGGAGGUCCGGCUCCUGGACAGGACAGACCCCGGUCUGGUCCUGCUGCUGCACCGGUGCUGGGCCACUCCCAGUGCCAGCCCCUUCCAGCAGCCUCAGUGGCCCAUCCUGUCAGAGGGGUGUCCUUUCGACGGUGACAGCUACAGGACCCGAAUGGUAGCCUCAGAUGGGGCGGGGCUGUCCUUCCCAUCACACCAUCAGCGCUUCACUGUCACCACCUUCGCCCUCCUGGACCCUGGCUCCCAGAGGGCCCUCAGGGGACAGGUUUACUUCUUCUGCCACUCCUCUGCCUGCUCCCCCUCGGGGCUGGAGACGUGCUCGGCCGAGUGCAGCUCUAGGCCCCCUAGACAGCGGCGAUCCUACACUCCGCACGGCGAGGCCACCAGGCCGCAGAACCUCGUGAGCUCUCCAGGGCCGGUGGACUUUGAGGAUUCCUCCGGGCAGGAGCCUCCACUGGGGCCCACAGGCUCCCCCAGGAAUGCUAACCAGAGGCCUCUCCUCUGGGUGGUCCUUCUGCUGGUGGCUGUGGCCCUGGUCCUUGGGGUCGGGGUUUUCGCGGGCCUGAGCCAAGCCAAGCCUAGAAGCUCCAGGAGGGUGACACAGGGUGACUGGGCUCAAUAAAGCAGUGUCCAGCCUGCCCAGCGGGUGUGGAAAGCUAUUCGUGGCGACUAGAAA